UCAUUCUCAAUAGUGAGUCGAUUUCGAUGGGAUGAAUUUUCUCAAUUUACAUAUAUUAGGAAUAUAAAAAUGAUGCAUUAUGUUUUUAUUCAUUUGAUCGACAAUAUAAACAUUCUUUGUCAUUGGCAUUAAUAUUAAUAAAGGAAAGAUGCGAAUUACGUAUUCCUUAUUAAAUAUGGAAUAAAUUGAAGGCAUAGCAACGUCAAUGACGUUAUCGGUGAACAGUCAUCAUUAUUAAACAUGUAAUCUGUUUAAUCUGUUACUCUUGGCAACUAGUCGGAUAACAGACAACAAAAAUAUUCAGUUUAAUGUUCUAUUUUAUUAAUAGGGUGCCGGAAAGGGUAUUAAAAAAAUGGCUAAGAAAACAAUACCUACUGCACUUCAAACUGAUGUUACUAAUGAUGAUGAAUGGGCUCAAAUCUUAACUAAAAAGGGCUUGUUAGUGGUUGAUAUCUAUGCUGCAUGGAGCGGACCGUGUACGGGUAUGGUGAGCACUUUAAAAAAAAUUAAAAUGGAAAUUGGCGGGGACGCGUUAAGUUAUGCUACGGCAAGGUGCGAUAAUAUAACGGAUCUGCAGCGUUUUAAAGAAAAAAGCGAACCUAUUUGGAUGUUUAUUCGUGAUGGUAUGAUGAUUAAUUUAAUGUUCGGCGCGCAUUGUCCACAAUUGGUCAAAAUGUUGACCACGGAAUUUCAAAAAAUUCAAAAUGGAGAUGAACCGGAAUUCUGUAUAUCUGUAAACGAAUGUAGUCCAGAAGAAAAUACACGAAUGCGCGUAGCCGAAGAAGCUCGAAUAACUAAGGAAGCAGAAAAGAAAGCUCAAAAGGAAGCAGAAACUAAAGCAAAAUACGAAGCAGAAAUGAAUCAUUUAACCAAUUCGUUAAUUGAUGAAACUUGUCUCUUAUUAUAUCCAUGGAUAUUUAAAGAUGAAGAAGGCCAUAAAAGAGAUAAAAAAUGUUGCCCACCGUACGUGGAAUUAGUUGAAGAAAUCUUGUCAGGGAAUUAUAUUAUUGAACAGGAAAUACGAAAACGAUUGAACGAAGAUAUCCUUGAUAAAAUGUUUCACGAGUCUGAUUAUGUACUCACGGAUCAUGCAAGACAAUUGAUUUUAGACGGUAAAUGUAUGCUUAUGCGUUUAAGAAGAAAUGAAUCUACAAAUGAAAUGGACGUUCAUCAGCAUUUGAUUACUUUACUGUUUGGACAAUCAGUGUUACCUUCUACAGAUCAGUGCUUCACGGAUGAGAUCUAUUGUGGUCGACAUCGACCAGCUGUAAUAUCAGCGGAAAUGGAAAAUGAUCCAUUUCCUAUUGUCUGGACUCCACCAAAUGCUAAAAACAAGGCAACUGUAUUUCGUUUGAUUUUCAGUAAAUAUACAGAUACCACAUAUCCAUAUGAAGAUAAGACUAAAAACGAACCAAUAAUUAUUUUCAAAUACGACAGUACGAGGAAGAACGAGUUGAAAAUGGUUUUGGAAAUGUACAACGAUGAAGUCGUAGAUUUUGGAGUUUUUGAGUGUGAUAAACUUUCAAAUAUUAAGUUGAUAGCAAAAUCAAUUGAAGAUUUCGAGUCUAAUACUGAAGAAAAAACAGGUUAUGAAGUAUUUAUAUGUACUGUAAAAAAGGUAGGACGCGAAGCAUUUUUAGCAUUUGCUGGCAUUGGUCCAUUUUAUGUUAGUGAUAAUCAUGAAAGUGCAAACGAAGAAUCGAAAUUAUAUUUUCCAAGCGUUAGUGCAUUGGAAGAAAUACAGUCUGAUGAUGAAGAUAAGAUAGAAGAAGUAAUAGAUGAAGCAGUGACAAUAGAAAAUAUUAAUUAAAUUAUUGUGGAAAGGGAAAAGAUAAAAAAAAAUAUGAGAACGUGUAAAACCAGCAUUUAUUUUCCAUGAGUUCAAUGGCACAAUAAAUGAUGGCAUACCUUUAAGAG